GAUCUUUUAACCUCUGCACCCACCGAGAAACAGCUGUGGUGCAUGUGUAAGCACCACACAUCUGAAUAGUUGGAGGACAGGGGACACAACACAGACACCAUGAUGGAGCUGAAGAUACAGCUGGUUCCAACUGGAGAGAUCAUCCUUUCACCUGGAAAAAAUGGAGAGAGCUGCUGCCAAUGCUGUGCCAAGGUAGUGGGCAGUGAAGGUGUGCGGGUGAUGAUGGAGAGCGCCCUGACAGCUAGGGACCGGGUGGGUGUUCAGGACUUUGUCCUGCUGGAGAACCACACCAGCGAAGUGGCCUUUAUUGAGAAUCUGCGGAAGCGCUUCAAGGAGAACCUCAUCUAUACAUAUAUCGGCUCAGUGUUGGUGUCGGUGAAUCCCUAUAAAGAGCUGGAAAUCUAUACCAAGCAGCACAUGGAGCGAUACAGGGGUGUUAACUUCUAUGAAGUCUCCCCCCACAUCUAUGCGGUGUCUGAUAAUGCAUUUCGCUCCAUGAGGACUGAGAGAAGGGAUCAGUGUAUCCUCAUCUCAGGUGAGAGUGGUGCUGGAAAAACUGAGGCCUCCAAAAAGGUUCUGCAGUACUACGCCUUCACCUGUCCAGUCAGCGAGCAAGUACAGAGUGUGAAAGAUCGUCUGCUGCAGUCCAAUCCAGUUCUGGAGGCCUUUGGGAAUGCGAAAACUUUGCGCAACGACAAUUCGAGCCGAUUUGGUAAAUAUAUGGACAUCCAGUUUGACUUCAGGGGUGCUCCAGUAGGAGGCCACAUUCUAAACUAUCUGCUGGAGAAAUCUCGCGUGGUGCACCAGAGUCAUGGUGAGAGGAACUUCCACAUCUUCUACCAACUGAUCGAGGGUUGUGAGGAGGAUCUGCUCCGGAGACUCGGCCUGGAGAGGAACCCACAGCAGUACCAGUACCUCAUUAAGGGGAACUGUCCCAAAGUGAGCUCCAUUAAUGACCGCAAUGACUGGAAAGUAGUUUUAAAAGCGUUGAGCGUUAUCGGCUUCAAUGAUGAAGAAGUGGAGGAGCUGAUGAACAUUAUUGCCAGUGUGCUACACUUGGGGAAUAUUCAGUAUGGCAAAGAAGAGAGUGGAAAUGCUUACAUUACUACAGAUACACAGAUUAAAUACUUGUCCAGGUUACUAGGUGUGGAUAACUCGGUUCUCAAAGAGGCCUUGACACAUAAGAAGAUUAUUGCCAAAGGGGAGGAGAUGAUGAGUCCACUGAAUCAGGAGCAGGCCUACUCGGCGCGGGACGCUUUAUCUAAAGCUGUAUACGGCCGCACCUUCUCUUGGCUUGUGAACAAAAUCAAUGGCUCUCUCUCGGAUGAUUUCUUCACUAGUAGGAAUACCUCUGUCAUUGGCCUGCUGGAUAUCUAUGGGUUUGAGAUUUUUCAGAACAACAGUUUUGAACAGUUCUGCAUCAACUACUGCAAUGAGAAACUGCAGCAGCUUUUCAUCGAACUCACACUCAAAUCAGAACAAGAUGAGUACGAAGCCGAGGGAAUUACGUGGGAACCUGUGCAAUACUUCAACAACAAGAUUAUUUGUGAUCUGGUGGAGGAAAAGUUUAAAGGCAUCAUUUCUGUUUUGGAUGAGGAAUGUCUUAGGCCAGGCGAUGCUACAGACUUGACUUUCCUUGAGAAGCUGGAGAACACACUGGGUGGCCAUGCCCAUUUCUUAACUCAUAAGCUGGCAGAUGGCAAGACAAGGAAGUUAAUGAGCAGAAAUGAUUUUAGACUGCUGCAUUAUGCUGGAGAAGUAAACUACAACGUAAAUGGCUUUCUGGACAAAAACAAUGAUCUGCUCUUCAGGAAUUUGAAAGAGGUCAUGUGCAUGUCAGAAAACAAGAUCCUCACGCAGUGUUUCAGUCGGGCAGAGUUAACAGACAAAAAACGUCCAGAAACGACGGCAACCCAGUUUAAGUCCAGCCUGGCUAAGCUAAUGGAAAUCCUGAUGUCCAAGGAUCCGUCGUACGUGCGCUGCAUCAAACCUAACGAUGCCAAGCAGGCAGGUAGAUUUGACGAUGUUCUGAUCAGACACCAGGUGAAAUAUCUGGGGCUGAUGGAGAACCUGCGGGUGAGAAGAGCAGGCUUUGCUUACCGGCGCCGCUACGAGACUUUCCUUGAGAGGUAUAAGUCCUUGUGUCCGGAAACCUGGCCUAGCUGGAAUGGCCGUUUGGUAGAUGGAGUUUCCGCACUUGUGAAACACUUGGGUUACAAGCCUGAGGAGUACAAGCUUGGCAGGACCAAAAUCUUCAUCCGGUUUCCCAAGACCUUAUUCUCAACAGAAGAUGCCUUAGAAGUCAGAAAACAUAGUCUUGCAACCAUGCUGCAGUCCAACUGGAAGAGCCACUGUCAGAAAUCCAAGUACCGUAAAAUGAAGCAGUCAGCCAUUCAGAUCCAGUCCUUGUGGAGAGGUUUUCUCUCCCGAAGGAAAGCACAGCGCAGAAGACAAGCUGCUGACACCAUUCGCAGGUUUAUUAAAGGAUUCAUGUAUCGCCACCAGCAGCGUUGCCCAGAGAAUGAGUACUUCCUCGACUAUGUGCGCUACUCCUUCCUAAUGACACUUUAUAGGAAUCUGCCCAAAGAUGUUUUGGACAAAAGCUGGCCUACACCUUCACCUGCCCUUAAUGAGGCAUCGGAGCAUCUUCGAAACAUGUGCAUGCAGAACAUGGUGUGGAAGUACUGCAAGAACAUCAACCCCGAGUGGAAGCACCAGCUGGAGCAGAAGGUGGUGGCCAGUGAAAUCUUCAAGGAUAAGAAAGACAACUACCCCCAAAGUGUUGCCAAACCAUUUUUGAGCACUAGGAUUGAUGGAGAAGAGAUUAAUCCUAAAGUGCUUCAGGCUCUGGGAACUGACAAGAUGAAGUAUGGUGUUCCAGUGACGAAAUUUGACAGAAGAGGAUACAAACCACGUUCACGGCAGCUGCUGCUCACCAGUAACAGUGCGAUUAUAGUAGAGGAGAGCAAGCUAAAACAGCGUAUUGAUUACGAUUCACUAAGAGCCAUUUCGGUCAGCUCCCUCAGUGACAACAUCUUCGUCCUUCACGUGGCCUGUGAGGACGACAAACAGAAGUGUGAUGCUGUGCUACAGAGUGAGAAUGUAAUUGAAACACUGACCAAAGUGGCAAUUUGUGCUGACAAGGUCAACAAUAUCAACAUCACCCAAGGAAGCAUUGCAUUCAGAGUAUGUCCAGGAAAAGAAGCGAUCAUUGACUUCUCUUCUGGCUCUGAGAUGGUCAUUGGCAAGUCCAAGAAUGGAAAUCUUUCAGUGACUGCUCCUCGUCUCAACUCUAGAUGAUAAAUUCAUCCUGUUCAGCCACCAAUCAUGGACCUGCAGGCCAGCCAGCUGCACCAAAGGCUUUGUUUGUAUAUGUAAAAACUCCAGCCAGCUAACUAAUCAAUAUUUAUGUUUCUAAGUAUUUGGGUGUUUAAUACUGUUGAUAUUUUAUGAUUUUUUUUUAUUUUGAAGCCAAGAAAUAACAAUAUAUUGGUGCAUAUUUCCAUAUGUCUUGCACACUAUUUUGCAUAAUUUGAGGAAACACAAUAGAUGUCUGAAAUGUCUCAGCCUUGUGGACAAGGAAAAUCAGGGUUAGCAUUAAGUAGUUUUUGAUUUUUCUUUACCUUUUCCAGGGACUCAAAGUUUUUGGUUGCAUUUAAGCAUUAAUAAUGAGGAGAUGCGUACAUAUUAGCGGCCAAUUUCUUAAACCUUUCUUACAUAUAUAACAAGCUUACCAAAUAUUUUUGCACACUAUAGCCUAUUCACCCUAACUGAUAUGUUAAUGUUUAAAGAGACAAAAUAUCUUUGUUAGGAGUCCAUGUUUAAUAGAGAGAGUCUUUGCUAAGGUUAAGUAUUUGGCGACAUUAAUAAACACAAACAUUUUGUUAGAAUAAUAGAAAACCCAUUUGUUUUAUGUCAGACUGCUUUUUAAACAAAUUUUUAGAGUUGAACAGGCUAUUUUAUACCAAAUGUUUAAACUCCAAAAUGCCUUUACUAUGUUGAAAUAUGCAAACCUGAAGGUUUUGUUUUUUUUUUGUUUUUUUUUGUAAUUCACAUGAAUGAAAAUGAGUUUAGGGCUUAUGCAAUAGUCAGAGUAGACCAGGGAUCACUGAACUGUGGACAACAGAACAUAAUGUCAUUUUAUUUUCAUUAACCGCUUCAUUCUGGUCAGGCUUUUGGCGAGCACUGGGUAUAAAGCAGAAACACCCUGGACAGGGCAACAGUCACAGGGUUUCAGCCACCCGAGUCAGACAUAGCCAGUCAUGUCUGUGUAAAUGCCCCCCGGCCAAUAGUAUGUGGGUGAGCGCCCAGUCCAUAUUUUUCUACCCCCAAUUUACCCUUUAACAGAUUAAUCUAGCUACAUUGGAAUUGUCUAGAAUCUGAAGAAAUUAGUUAUAUGUUGGAAUUUUAUACUACCAUUAUAGUCUGACUGAAAUAUAAACUAUUUAAACUGUAUGUAAGCACUAUCAAACAACAAAAAAUCUUUUCUGUGAGCAUUGCAUGUAGCAGAGCAUGUUAAAGAUGUAAUGCGAGCUAAAAAAAUACAUUUUAGCAAGCUAGCUCAUUCUGUCAGCUAAUUGACCAACAGAGCGAUUUUUUCACCAAUGGUUUGUUGCUAAAAACAUGUUUAGCAUUUGGCCCAAGCAGUAUCUGAUAUACAAAAAUUGGGCCCAGGUCAACUCUGUUUACUGACCCCUGGUGUAGACUAAAUCUUCUGCCUGUAAGAUGAGUUAACUAUAGUUACUGUAUCGAAUAAUAGCUGUCUCAUGCUUCUUACACUGGAUACAUGUUAACAUUAUGCUGUCUUCUAAUCCACCUCUGACAAAGCCAUGCUAUGUAAGCUAAAGUGAUUUGUUUGUUUAAGGGAGAAGAAAAUGGUAGAAAAAUAUUGGCAGAAAUGUGUAUUUCUCAGAGACAGGUUUAUGUACUGUAUUUGUAGUUAUGCCAUCCUAAGCACUACCGCUGUGCAUAAAAAAUACAGCAUUUCAGGAACAAAAGUGUGUACUAGCACAAUACAGAAAUGCACUUCAUAGGAAAUCAGGCACCCACACGUGAAAUGUAUAUUAUACAAUAUAAUUCUAACUGUUCUGAUAAAAUCUAGAUUGUUAAAGGAGGGAAAAUUAAGCAAGUGCCUAUAUGACGAUUCUUCUUAUAGUGAAUUAUAGGCUUUAAAAUAACACUAUUAGAGUGCAAUUGUAAAAAGCUAUUGUAAGUGCCACUUGUAACAGAACAAAUAUAUAUUUUUAUGAUUAUAAUGUCCGCACUGUCCUUGGAAAAGCUAUGAUUAACCUUUUCUCACUGCACCUAUACAAGAGCAUAAUUUACACUUGUGAUUUUGUUUUAUACCUUUUUGUGUAAUUUAAGAAACUGAAGAAAAAAUUUUAUGUAUGCAAACUGACAUUAUACCUGAGCAUAAUAAAGCUGAUUUCAUAAAUAA